AUGUUAAGCUUUCUUGUUACUCUUGAUAUUGCGAUCGCGCUCGUUGGUCUAGUCCUUGCGUGGCGCCUCUUCCGCCUAAACCGCCGGGCUAUGCAAUUUCCUCCAGGUCCGAGAGGGCUCCCGUUCAUCGGGAACCUUCUCGACAUGCCCUCUGAGAAAGAAUGGCUCACCUUCGCAAAAUGGGGAGAGAAAUAUGCUUCGGUUUCUAUCCUUGGGCGGCGUUUAGUCAUCAUAAAUUCUGCUCAGAUGGCUGUCAACAUACUGGACAAAAAAAGUUCUAUCUAUUCAGACAGACCGGUCGUCGGAAUGGCCGGCGAGCUCGUCGGAUGGAAGGAGUCUCUCCCUCUUAUGCCGUAUGGGGCGCGUUUUCGCAACCAGCGUCGGUUAGCGCAUCAACUCUUCGGCAACAAUGCGUUCAUGAAGCGAUUUCUGCCGAUGUUGGAGCUGGAGACGCGUCGUUCUCUGGAGAAGAUCUUGACUGUCCCUGAAGACCUUUCUAAACAUAUCCGAAAGACUGCCGGUUCCAUUAUUCUGCAAAUCUCGCAUGGAUACAUGAUCCAAGAGGAGGAUGACCCAUCUGUGGAGCUGGCAGAACGAACACUGAAGCAAUUUUCUCUCGCAAUGGCCUCAGGCGGCUUCUUAGUCAACCUUAUUCCAAUCUUGACCCGCAUUCCAGAUUGGUUUCCUGGAGCUGGGUUCAAACAGACCGCUCGGGAGUGGGGCUCAACACUUAACGAGUUCAUAGAAAAGCCACAUAACUAUGUAAAACAGGAAAUGGCAGCUGGAACGGCCCGUCGUUCUUUUACCUUGAGUCAGCUUGAGCGCGGGGUGGAUGCUGAUGAAGAAUCUGAUAUCAAAUGGCUUGCAGGAUCUCUGUACGCCGGUGGGGCCGAUACUACCGUCGCAUCUAUCUACGCUUUUUUCAAAGCGAUGCUUCUGUAUCCCGACGUACAGGCAAAGGCACAAGCCGAGAUCGACGCGGUAGUCGGGGACGACAGGUUACCGAGAUUCGACGACCGGGAGCGCCUCCCCUAUGUCAAUGCACUAGCGCUCGAAGUCACCCGAUGGCACACUGUAGGUCCAACAGGCCUUCCUCACCGCGUUACUGAGGAUGAUGUUCAAUUCGGUUAUUUUAUUCCCAAGGGAUCAUUGAUCUAUGCGAACAUCUGGAAAAUGCUUCACGAUCCUGCCGUAUACGAUCAGCCAUUCGAGUUCAGACCAGAAAGAUUUAUCCGGACGGAAAUCAAGGAGCCGGAAUUUGAUCCCCAUAAAUUGGCGUUUGGAUUCGGACGACGAUGCGUAUUGAUCAAGAAUCCAGGAAUGGUUCUAGCGGAUGCCUCGAUAUUUAUUUCAUGUGCUAUGGUGUUAGCGGUCUUCAACAUUUCGAAAUAUUCUGAAAAUGGCGUUGUUUUUGAGCCGGACAUGGAGCAUACCGCAGGGUCUAUCAGCCAUCCGACGCCGUUCAAGUGUAUGAUCAAAGCGAGAAGCGGGAAGGCUUUAGGACUCAUCAACGAAGAAAUGUGA